GCCUGAAACAGAAGAAAAAUAUAUGUGAAAUUUUCAAAAAUCUGUGAAAAAUCGGAAUAUUUCCAAAAAUCUGUGAAAUUUUCACCAUAAACAUUGAGACUGUGUUGGUGGCCUAGAUGUCAAAUAAGUCAGUAUGGGAGCUGUCAAGUUGUCCCCGCCUGCAAUUUUCUUAAUUUUUACCAUUGACAGUUAGGCCUUUUUUAAAAGUUUGGCUUGAUUUAUUGUUUUUGGAUUUAUUAUUCGAUUUGGAGUAAAUAAAAAAAAAAGUGAACAGAACUCUACAGAGUUCCCCGUGGCCGAAACGAUCGCUUACACCGAUUCUCAGUUAUGGAGCAAAUAUGUCGUUUUUGUUUGAAAAAUUAUACCAAGUCAAGCAUAUCACUAAGUGACGAUGCCAUUCGGUACAAAAUAAAAACACUGUUUACAUUUCCUCUGGAAAGUGGUCCUAAUCUACCCAACAUGAUUUGUGAGGAAUGCACGUCUAAGAUUGACGAGUUCUAUACCUUCUCGGAAAUGGUCCGCAAAAACGAACAGCAACUCUUGUCCAGAGAGGCUGUUGUUCCAAAGCUUGAAGUUGUGCAAUUGGAACCUUCACUGAACCAACAAGAAAAAUUAUCCAGCGAUUCUGAUGGGAACGAGAGUAAAACGUUUGAAGUACAGGUGGAGUUUAUACAGUUGAAAACUAAAAUCGAAGACGAUUCAGAUGAAACCGACGAUGAAACUCCUUUGGCCCUUAGAUGCCGAAAACAAAUCAAUGAAGACAGUCUAACUAAAGAGGACAAUACAUUACAGUGCGACACUUGUCAUGACUCAUUCGAAUCCUUACAAGAAUUGAAGCGACACACCCUUACGGAUCAUCGCAAAUCUGUCACCGGUAUCUUGAAUCAUGUUCAUCUUGAUCCGAGUCGCUUUCAGUGUACCGUAUGUCAAAAAAGUUACAAAACGAAAUACAUACUCCAGACGCAUCGCGCAAGAGUGCAUGGCAUCGAGAAAUCCAAACGAUUCAGAUGUGACCAAUGUGAUGCAUGCUUUUACAAAUCAUCCCAACUUAAAGACCACCGUGAAACUCACGUAAAGUUAGAGUGUCACAUUUGCCAGCAAGUACUCUCGACUAAAACUGCACUAAGAAAACAUCUUUCUCGCAUUCAUGAGAUCACUAGCGAAAAUUUUAUUUGCGACAGCUGUGGGAAAGGAUUCCGUAGCAAAUCGUUGCUAAAUUGCCACAUCAGCAAGUGCCAGUUAGGUCAACGGGAAGAGAGAGUCCAGUGUGACAUGUGUGAUACCUGGGUUAACAAAGGUAACAUGAAAUCACAUAUGAGUACGGUUCACAGUGGAAUGAACACCGCGGUCACCUGUGACGUUUGUAACCAAGUAUACCCAAACCGCAAAUCGAUGGUUACCCACAAGUGGCGUGUUCACGUGCAGGAGAAAUUUCAGUGCGAAUAUUGCGAUAAAACUUUCAAGCGAAGGAUCAAUUUAAAGGAACACCAAGCAUCUCACACGGGUCAAAGGCUGUACCAGUGCGAUGUGUGUGGAAUGUCCACAAAUUCGAAUGGAAACCUGUACUCACACAAGAAAAACAAGCACCCGGACGAGUGGAUGGAAGCCAAGCGGAAAUCCACGGGAGGGUUUUUAGAUGAGAAACAGCAUUAAUAAAAUAUGUUUCACUCACCUUAA